GGCAACUUUAUUGUUAUCACGAUGUAAACUUUCUGAUGUUGAUAUCAAAUAUCAAAAGAAAAAAUUAAAAAUGCUCCUGGAGUCGUAGUUUUGUAAAAAGUGAAUUUCAUUGUGAAUCUUCAAUAAAUAGAUUGUGACGUUUAUUUAUUACUCAUCUGGAAGUAUCAGUCAACAAAAAAAAAGUUUUUUAAUCAUGGCUUUGACAAACGUUUUGUUGAUAAGUCAAGUCGCCGGAUAUGUCGUUGCUUCAAUACUGUCACUAUGUAUAAUUGUUCCUAUGAGUCUUCAUCAGGAUGAAUUCAAAGGUCAUUGUCUUCUGUUUUCAACAGGAGUUUGGCAGGAAACAGACGGACAAUUAGUUGUCCACUGGGGAUCACAAAUUUACUGCAACUAUACAAUAUUCGUAGGAUUAAUGCUUCUGAUAACGUCAUUGGUACAGAUAUAUCGUCUUUCAAUGUUAAUGUAUCAUGGAGAAGACAGUUCAUUUUUAUCAGCUUUCGUUGAUGUAGUCAGUUCAAUAUUUUUAGCAGCUGUAACUCUUAUUGCCGCAACAUUUAUAACUCUUGGUUUUAUGACUUGGUGUCAAUGCAUGUCCAAAAGAUUUCCAUCUUGUGAUCUAGCUGCUGGUAAUGAUAUUGAUAAAAAAGACAAUAUCAAUACUUCUGGAUUUUAUAUUGAAUUAGGUGUCGCACAAUUUGGCGCUUGGAGCAGCCUCUCUGUCUGGGUCGGUCUGUCAGUAUUUGCUGUUUUAAAAUUACUUAAAUAUCAUCAGCUUGAAAACAUGAAAGUUUCUAUGUUUAGAGAGAGACAAAGAUUAAUUGAAGGCACAAGUAUAAGCCAACCGUAUGAAAUAAAUUAAUUUAUUAUUUUUAAAAUUAACUCCAAAAAAAGAAUGAUACUGAAGUUAGCUGACGGCUAAUGAUUUUGAGAAAUUUUUCAAGUGAUAAAUUACAAAAAAAAUUAUUUUAAAAAUUGCACUUGUAGUUUUUUUCAAUUUCUACAUGUGCAUAUAUUUUUUUUUUAAUUUACUUAAAAAAAAAAUCUGAAAAUGUUAAUUGUCUGUGAACUUCAGGAUCAUAAAAAAUAAUAUAUUAAAUAUACUCUCGGACAAUUUGAUUUGUUGGAAAUUUUCUUUUAAUACUGAUAUAAACAUAAUUUUUAAUAUAAGUUAAUACAUAUGUUUAAUAUUAAACAUAAUCUAUAGCUUGUAGUCAGUAUUAGAUAUUUUUAUCAAUAGAAUUUGUUAUAUUUUAUAUUCAAAAUAAUUAUGAGCCAGUUGGAAAAAAAAGUAAUGUACAUAUCAUAAAAAAUAUCUUACCAAUUAUUU